AUGGCCAUGAAAACAACUGGAUCAAAGAAAUACCUCCAGCUGCUGCUUUUUCAGGUUGCUCUUCUAGGGCCUGUCUUCUGUGGGAAAGUACUGGUUUGGCCAACAGAAGGCAGCCACUGGCUGAACAUGAAUGUAAUGGUACAGGAGCUCAUCCGCCGUGGGCACAGCUUUACCAUCCUGGUAGCCAACGCUAGCCUCUUCAUUGAACCCAGACCCAAGACCACGGAGAAGUUUGAGAUCUAUAAUGUGCCCUACGAGAAAGAUUUACCUGAAGCCCUGAUUAAUGGUAUAGUGGACCUGUGGCUCAACCACAGGCCAACCAUCUUGACCUUCUGGCGGUUUUACAAGGAGCUGGGAAGACUGUCCAUAGGCUGGCAGGAGAUGAACAAGAUGAUGUGCGACGCAGUGCUGAACAACCAAGAGCUGAUGGCUCGUCUGCAGGGCUCUGGCUUUGACCUGCUGCUGUCAGAUGCCGUGACCCCCUGUGGGGAGCUCCUGGCUCUCAAGCUGGGCAUUCCCUUUGUCUACUCGCUACGGUUCUCCCCAGCCUUCACUCUGGAAAGGCACUGUGGCAAGAUCCCUGCCCCACCAUCCUACACGCCUGCAGCCCUGUCUGAGCUCACUGACCGCAUGUCUUUUGGGGAGAGAGUAAAAAACUUUGUGUCUUACCACCUGCAAGACUAUGUUUUCCAGAGCUACUGGGGACAUUGGGAUACCUACUACAGCAAGGUCUUAGGAAGGCCCACAACCCUGUGUGAGACGAUGGGGAAAGCAGAAAUUUGGUUAAUCAGAACAUACUGGGAUUUUGAAUUUCCACGCCCUUUCUUGCCCAACUUUGAGUUUGUUGGAGGACUUCAUUGCCAGCCUGCAAAACCAUUACCAAAGGAAAUGGAAGAAUUUGUUCAGAGCUCAGGGGAACACGGUGUCAUCGUAUUCACUCUUGGGUCAAUGGUCCACAGCCUAAGUGAUGAAAAAAGUAAUGUGAUUGCCAAAGCCCUCAGCCAGCUUCCACAGAAGGUCCUAUGGCGUUACAAAGGGAAAAAACCAGAAACUCUGGGCUCCAACACCAAGAUUUUUGACUGGAUACCACAAAACGACCUGCUUGGCCAUCCUUUGACAAAGGCCUUUAUUACACAUGGUGGGACCAAUGGGCUCUAUGAAGCCAUCUACCAUGGGAUCCCAAUGGUUGGGAUUCCCAUGUUUGCUGACCAGCAUGACAACCUUGCUCACAUGGUAGCAAAAGGAGCUGCAGUUCAGGUGGAUUUCAACACAAUGAAGACACAGGAUCUGGUUGAUGCACUGAAGACAGUAAUUUACAAUUCCACCUAUAAGGAAAAUGCUCUAAAGUUAUCCAAGAUACAGCAUGACCAGCCUGUUAAGCCUCUGGACAGAGCUGUCUUCUGGAUUGAAUUUGUGAUGCGUCACAAAGGAGCAAAGCACUUGAGACCAGCUGCUCACCAUCUCACCUGGUACCAGUACCACUCUCUGGAUGUUCUGGCAUUCUUGUUCACCUGUAUAGCCACUAUUGUCUUCAUUCUUUUCAAGUGCUGCCUAUGUUGCUGUAGAAGAUGUGGCAGGAUUGCAAAGAGGAAGACAGAAUAGACACCUUGUUUCCAUCAGCAGUUUUCUUCUCCUAGGCU